AUGUGGUUUGCGAACCGUGUUGACGAAGGCAUAGUCUAUGCUGAAUACUUCGAGCCUUUGCCUGUGAAGAUGAUGGCGCUUGUACUCACAGUGAUAGAAUGUUGUAUUGAUGAGUGGAUCACAGGAGUGAGGGAAGACAUUAAAUUCGCAUCCAUCACUUAUUCUCCCAUCUACCUGGUGCACCUCGAGUCCUUGCGACUUUUUGAUGAGCGGACGGCUGCCUACAAACUACUGGGUAGAAUUACUGACAAUCUUCUCGACGUCGCCCGGUGA